GGCUUAACGGCGUACCCUAAUUAAAAAGGAGCAGUGGUGGAACUCGCUGCAGUUUGAUCAAAACCCCCUUCGUUCUACACUCGCGCUUUCGCUACUAGUGCCUCUGCAACUGCUCGCACGAUUCCUAACCACUUCUUGAUUCUUUUUAAUUUUGUUCUCUUCGCUCUGAGAUUUUCUGUGUCUCUCUCUCUCUUGCUCCGUCACCGACUUACCGAUGCACCGUCUCGAUCGCGGUGAUGUUUGGAAAGGCAAGGCCCGUUCCCUACAGCUGCAGCUAAGGGACCGCUUCCGAGUCGCCGUCGAUCGCCAUUGGCGCCGCCGCCAUGCCUUCAUCCCCCACGCCCAGGGUUACUUCUCCUCCACCUUUCAGCGUUGGCUCAACCGAUUUCGCGAUUUCCGCAGGGACUCCUUGCCUUCUUCCUCUUCUUUCUACCGCAAACGAGUGAGUAAGGAUUUCCUUUCUGAAGAAGAAUCCACUCUUGUUCGUAUGAUGCAAGCUGUUGCUGUUCCUGUUGUUGGAAAUGUCUGUCAUGUCUUCAUGAAUGGAUUGAACCGUGUUCAGGUUUAUGGCUUAGAGAAACUCCAUGAUGCUUUGCUGCAUAGACCUAAGGGUAAACCUCUUCUCACGGUCAGCAACCACGUUGCUUCCAUGGACGACCCGCUUGUUAUUGCUUCGCUGCUUCCUCCUAGUGUUCUAUUGGACGCUAAGAACGUCAGAUGGACACUCUGUGCAACUGAUAGAUGUUUCAAAAACCCUGUAACUUCGGCAUUCUUUCGAUCUGUAAAAGUAUUGCCAGUUUCUCGUGGUGAUGGUAUUUAUCAGAAGGGAAUGGACAUGGCCAUUUCAAAGUUGAACCAUGGUGGUUGGGUUCACAUAUUCCCUGAAGGAAGCCGCUCCCGGGAUGGUGGAAAAACCUUGGGAUCUUCAAAAAGAGGUGUUGGGAGGUUGGUCCUGGAUGGAGAUAGCCUGCCUAUUGUUGUCCCAUUUGUACAUACAGGGAUGCAAGAUAUCAUGCCAAUAGGUGCUAACUUUCCCAAAAUUGGCAAAAUGGUUACAGUUCUAAUUGGUGAUCCAAUCAAUUUCAAUGAUAUACUAAACGCGGAAAAAGUUUCUGACAUGCCACGAAAAGAAUUAUAUGAUGCAGUAGCAUCAAGAAUCGGUGACCAAUUACACAAACUGAAGGUCCAAGUUGACACACUAGCAAUGGAGCAAGAAAUGCAGUUCCAAGCUCACUCUUCACACAGCUCUAUGCGUGCAUCUGGAAUCUUGCAGCAGGUUGAUUGGGAAUUAUUUGGAAUGGGUAACUUCAUGUCUGCAGACGACGAUGAUUCUAAACAGAGAGAAGAAACCAUUAUUGGCCCAAAUAAAAGUGUCCCUCAACCUCAGGAAUCUCAUAGUGAUCAGCGUUGGGGAGUAGGUUUUUCGAACAGGAUGCGAGGUUACAUGGAUCAGAUGGAGCUAAUGUCUUUCGCUGCUAGAGGCAUAUUUAUGACUAAUGAAACCAAAAACUCUACCGGUCGUAAUAGGGAGAUAGGACCCUUGAAGGCAUGGAAACAGUAUUUGGAAGCUAACCUGUUACGGCCGUGGAAUUACGUUCACUGCUAAAAUAUUUAUAGAUGUAACUUGGAAUGUAAUGUUAUGGAUUAAAAAUUAAUUUUGUGUAGCCUAAUAUAGUUGCGGAUAAAUUGUAACUUAGCCAAUUUGUGCCUUUGGCUGAUCGGUUACUAUCAGCUUAUGGCAGGGUGUAUUCAAAUGGUGACUCGGUCAUAAUGAGGUGAACUUAGUUUUUUCAAAGAAAAUAAAAAUUUAGUGUCUCGCAAGAGGUCUUGUGCCUAGUA